GACAUGGGCAAUCCUCGGACACACCCUCUCCAUGCGUGGCUCCAGACCCCAGCGGAGUGAGUUUGUGACGACUUAUAAUAUAGAUACUUUGAAAUUUUGUCAGCAUUUUGGCGCCCUUAAGGGGACUUAUUGUUCCUGGGGUAGGUCUGGCAUGAUUCCAUAAUGUGUAUACCUGUAAAAUCAAUACACAAUUACGGGCACCUACAACCGUCCCUAGAUUACACACAGAUUUAACCCACCUUACCGUACGUACGUAUAUAUACACACAGUACGUGUUGAAAUAGUAAUGUAGUUUCUACAAUUGUAAUUACCUUCAAUUAACCAUUGGACAUUCCAUUGUCAGUUUUACCCGGGAUUGUUAAUGCACGUAAGCGCCUCGACAGCCAAAUUGUUUCUAAUAAGAUCUGUAUUUAAUAUCUUUCUACGUUUGGGAUUCAUUGACGAACUGGAGUUAAGAAACCUUUGGAAGCCCCAUAUCUUGCGAUGUAUGCGUCCUCAAACGUGAAGACGUGGUACGUUGCAUGAAUUGUUCUGUAUUUUUGGAUUUCAACAGCCAACGUUGAACUCUGUAUUGAAGGGAGUGCUGUUUACGUGUAACCGUUUUCCUGGAAUUUAGCAAAAUAUGCGUCCAUAUUAAUCAGCUGCAAGUUCAAGAAGGAACCACUUAAGAAGAAGAAGAAUGGAAUCAUUGAUAUUGGAAGACUUAUCGGAUAAAAAUGCAAGAAAUAAUGGUCUAGAUCGGCAGGAUGAACUGAAGGAGCACUUACGAAAGUUAGGGUUUUACCGGGAACCACCUACACCGGAACUGCUUAGAGAGGCACAGGAAGUCUACCACAAACUAAAAUGGCAACCACCGGAAGACGAAUAUGGCAGUCCUCUCCCGUGUCCCCCCAUCAUAUCAAAAGAAGCGCUAAUGGACGAGGACAUUUUGGACGAGCUAGAUACGCAUGCGCUCGAGACUCCGUCGAGCUACCUUACCCACCGCAUUGCGUUAUUGGUGGAAUUCUUAAUCCGCCCAGCCGAGACAGAUGUGGAGAAGGCAAGAGUCCUCACAAGGUGGCUUGCUCGGUGUUUAGACGACGACUACAUCAGAGACCUUCCGAGGUCUACCUGGAGUCACGCGGAAUCCACAGCCAUGUACCUAUGGAAACUACGAAGACGUGAAAUAGAUUAUGAUGAACUUUUUCAUGUUCUUUGCAAACACGCUGGACUGAAAUGCUUCGCUGUGUCGGGAUGUGUCCGCAACACGAUCAAGUAUGAGGUAGGGGACGAUUUCAGAGAGCAGAAGAAGACAUGGACAGUUGUGCUUCUGGACGGUCAAUGGCGAGUGAUGGACGUCCGUUGGAUUUGCGAGGCGGCAUAUGGCGUUCUUAAGAACAACUGGCGACUCAUAGAGGAUGAGAAUGGCAAAGUCAGUCAGCGCCGAGCCAUGCGUGAAAACAGAGGAUCAUUCAAGACACACGUGCGUUUCCGGGAUUACUAUUUCCUGACGGAACCGGAAAUGUUUAUCUACGACCAUUUUCCAGACGAUGAGAAAUUCCAGUUGUUGGCACGACCAAUGUCAUACGAAGAAGCCAGAGAUGCAGCAUCUUUGAGAUCAGACUUUUUUAGGCACGAUCUUUAUCUAAGAUCACAUCCAAAGAACAGGGUCCAUUGCCCAGACGGGACUGUCACGUUUGUACUAGGGAUGAAAAAGAAGAAAAGCAUGGCGUUUGUCUAUAAAUUGUACAGGUCCAAGGGGAGCCGAGAGGUGACUGCGUCUUCUCGAAACACAUUGGAUAGAUACGUGUUCCUGGAACGCGACAUGGAAGAAGGUGAUAUUAGGGCAACAAUCAGGUGUCCGGCCGAGGGUCAGUAUCUGUUUGAGUUACACGGAAGCGAAACAAACGAAACACACCAUGCUCUGUUGGUGACUUACAUCAUAGAAUGUACCGGGAUAUCCGCAAGUUGUAGACCGCUACCGCCGAAUAUGAGACAGGAGUGGGGACCAGGUGAGGACACCAAGGACAUGGGUAUGACCGCUGUCACACACAAGAAAGGUGAAGUGGAAGCUGAAGACGGAGAUGCAGAAAUAAAAUUCACAUUGCAAAAAGACCUCGAAUUCCGUCACGAUCUCAUUCGAGGAGAGAAAGAUGAACCAGUUUCUAGCCGACAUAUCAUGCAUUCAAUAGAAAACGGGAAGAUGGCAAUCAAUCUGAGACUGCCUGAGCCCGGCGAGUACUCCUUGAAUGUCCUUGCGAAAGAAAGACACAAGAAAACCAGGUUUGCACCCGCAUGUAGUUACCUUGUAAGCUGUCAGGACGAACCUAUACAAACGAAGCCUUUUCCUGACAUUGAGGAGGGCAAUCAUCUCGGACCGAAUGAAGACUUCCGAAAACUGGGCUUUUCGGAGGAUGACCCAUGGCCGUCGUACAUCAGUAACCUUGUGACAGGAGAGUUCCGAAUGCACAUAAAAAGACCUCCGGGUGUCUACGUGUUCGCCACACUUAUGUUUGAGGAAGGUUUGAAGAAGGAAGCUUACGAUAAUUACGUCAUGUGUGACACACAAGAUGACACCGUUACCAUCACAAGCAUCUUUCCUAAGCAUGGAUCAUACAAACUCACAGUGUUUGCACGACCGCCAAAUAUCAGUAGCACUGAAGGGAUCCCUAUUUACGUAAAAAUCAUUGACGUUGUUCUCCCGACACUAACUGGAAUGCCGUCCCCCAUCCAGACGCCGUCACCAGAAUGGUGUCUGGGCUACAGACUGAAGGCGCCGCGUACUUUCUAUCUCUUGGCACACGAGGUGCACAAAGUAUCCUUGGCCAUGCCCGAGGCCCGAAUAAUCUCAGUGAAGGACCAUUCAGAAUGUAAACUGAAGCAGACAGAUGGGCAAUUCUGGGAAGGAUACGUCCGGACGGGGACGCCCGGAAGUGUGGUGGAGAUCCUGGCCAUAGGUCGUACGGGUGAUGUCCCAUUCAGAGUUUUCACAUACGAAGUCGUGUCAAAAGAGGAUUCUCUACAAAUUGAGAUGAAGCAGGAGCAGCUCUUCCAGAAGGCAUUGGAUGAGCUACGAGCACUUGAGGACGAAAAACAAAUGCGGUUGACCCAACGUUUGAUGCAGGCUAUCAAGCAGAGAGAUCGGACAAAGGUUCACAAAUGGGUGACACGAAUGAGAGAAAUCAACGCGGAGAAAAUGGCGGCUGAAAUUGCAAAUGGCGAAGCUGUGUUGAGGGAACUGGAAAUUGAGGAGAAACGUAUGAUAUGUCGAAAGGAGUUACGAAGAGCCACACGCGCUUGUGAAGGAUUAGCUUUAGAGGCAGCUCUAGAGAAGUGCCGAGCACUACGGUUGGAGGAGGAAGAUGGUGACCUUACUUCCGCAAGGGACAUUCUCACCAACAUGCUUGGAAGACCAGUCCCAAAACACGAAGUCAUUGAGCCUGAGAUAGCCGAGCCUCUUAACAGAAGUCGGGAAACAUUCCAGCAGACAGCAGAUCAGAUUGAUACAGGAAAUAGAAGCUUUGAUGCAGGAAACAAAAGCUUUGAUGCAGGAAAUAGAAGCUUUGACGCGGGAAACAGAAGUUUUGAUAGAGGCAACAGGAGUUUUGACACGGGAAACAGGAGUCUUAACGAUACCGCCCCGAUACAUCUGGUGAGCAAAAACAAAGGCCUCCACAUAUAUGUGGUGCAGGAUGACCAACUUCCGGUUCCGGACUUCUCGUCAGUUGCCAACGACAUUCAUGAGAGUCAGGAGGAAGACAAAACAGUCGAGGAGAAAGAAGAGAACGAAGCCAAUGAAAAGAAUAGUGAGCUAGGUUUUGACCAAGAUGAUUCCACUGUUGAACAAUCAAAUACAAUAGAAUUUGCAUCACCGCAUGUAUUAAAUACAACAAGAGACGCUUGCCUCCAGACAGAUGACUCAAAUUCACGACCGGAACCAGUACAGCUAAAAAGUUCUGGCGGAGUUCACAUAUACAUCUCUCAAACAGAGCAGGUUCCACAUCUAGACUUUAACACAGUAGUCAAUCUAGAUCGUUCCCUAGGACGAGAUAGUGGUAUGCAGACCCUUCGUGACGAUAGUGGAUUGCAUUUUGCACCAGAAACAUCCACUCCCCGGGAGCCGCUGGACCGUGCGACCAGUACACCCAAGAAAGGUAACUCCUUCAUACAGUCCGCCCCCACCAGAAUAUCGGUGCCGAGUAUGUAUAGUUCUAUCAAUAACGGGGAUGAUGACGAAAACAGUCCAAGGGAGGGCGACGCCGAACAAAGUUUCAGGGCAGCAGAGGACGCUCUCAACGAGUUAGAGUUGGAGGAGAACAUGAACAAAGUGAAAAGUAUGGUGAGAGACAACAUGCGAUCAGCUAGCAGAUUGACUGAGACGGAGACGCUACAGGAGGCCAUCAAUGACUUCAAACGCAUGAAGCUACAAGAAGAGGGAGGCGAUCUCUCGUUUGCUGAGGAUCAAUUCGAAAUCAUGUCGUGUGCCAAAGAAGCCUAUAAAAGACACCGGUCUUGGCGGUCACGGACGAUGGACGUAUUCAAACAUUACUGGAAAGUGAUGAAAGACAAAUCUGCGCAUGUGGACGAGACACUUAAUGAAGACAUUGAUCACGAAAUACAGAGGCUGCGUAUCAUUAAUACUAUGUGCAGGAAGAUGGCCAAGGCAGCAAAGAGCAUCGGACGCAACUGGGAGGCUCUCAUUGAAAGCGAACAGAGUUUCAACGAGAUCCUCAGCGAACAACCGGAAGUCAACAAAAGUCUGGGCGAGGAUCUCGGUAACACAACACUACUUCAGCACGAAAUGAUUGGCGUCGAAACCGAAAUGAAAACUGCUUUCGACGAUCUGGCAGGAUCACUAGACCAGAUGUGUGCAUCCAUGAUUGGAAAAGCAGAGAUUUCAGCUAGGGAACUGGAAGCGGCAAGGAUGGACAUGGAACGGGAGACAUUGCUGAUCGCAAGAUCUGAUCGCGAGAGGGCGCGGUCUCGUUCACCAGGACGACACACGAGAGCAACCUCAGCUUCUCCGUCACGUGCCGGAAGUACCAGAAGCCGUGCCAAAGAACUCGCCAUAAAAACGUCCUUCUACGCGCUUCGCACGAAUAUCCUGGAAGAAAUCAGCAAGGGAAACGAACAAGUGGAGGAAGAAAUCCGACAGAAGCUUGCUGAGCUACAGAGACACAUGGCGGAAUUUCAUGGUGGCAACAAUUCCUCCAGAAACGAUUCCCUGAAUGAAAUAUUUACUUCAUGGAGCGCAAAGUUGCAGUAGAAAAUCGAACAUACUUAAUGACCCCGUAAGUGGGUAUUCUAAUCCGUCCAUUAUUGUUGUUUGACAUUAAGCGAAAAAGAAAACUUUGUUUUGAGUGAAAUAACACUAACUGUUCGCAAACUGAUGGUUAUUUAAUUAGAGCGUGCUUGUCCUACAUAACCAAGUAUAACGUAGUUAAUUCAUGUUUGUGAUAGGAUGAGGACUGAUGGAUCGUUGUAGAUGACGAUGCGGACCGUUUUUCGAGUUUAUGGUUUCUUGUUAUUUAGCAGUUUCUGUUGCAGAUAUCAUCCAACUUGAAAUUGGCUUUCUAAAACAAAUUCAAGAAAAACGUUUAUGUGAAACCUUCACCAGAAAACAAUUUAAGAGAAUAUGUCCAUGUUCGUAACCCCACAUCCUUCAGUUGUCAAACAUAUCUAAUGAAAUUCUUCACGUCAACGGGAGAUAACUCCUUCGAAUUUUACUAGCUACCACUAUUUUUCAAUUCAUUAUUACAGCUUUAUAUUAUCGUCUGAUCUCCUGAAUUAUUCCUAUAGAGGCAGCUAAUAAAUAAAUAGCAUCAGGUGAUUUCUAUCGUUGUCUGCCUUCGAUGUGUGACAAAUAGAAUAUUCCCCUAACUUGAGGGUGUGACAGAGAAAUCUCCGACCCGAGGGGUGAUUUUUGUUGUUGUCUAAC